ACACAGGAGGCGGCAAAUACCUUGCUGUAUCACGCAGUUGCCAAGCAGGACGAGUCUUUGGUCAAGCUACUGCUCGACCAAGGCGCCAAUCCCAACGGAUCGAAAGCUGUGGGCUUACCUCCUCUGCGAGCGGCCGUGGUUCGCAACAACGCAGUCCUUAUCAAGUUGCUCUUGAGUCGAGGGGCUGACGUGAACCACCGCUACACGGUUGUGACAGGGAGCAAGCAAAGUGCACUCGCUGCUAUUGUGUUGGAUACUAAUGAUUGCUUUCAGACCAAAACGGUCCUGUUUGAGACCGCUGCCAGCACAACCUACGAGUUGUUGCUUAAAAGUGGGGCGGAUAUGAACAUUAAGAACUCGUGGCACGAAACUCCGCUUCACCGCCAAGCGUACAACUGGAACUCGCGACUUGUUCGUGCAUUGGUUGCGUCUGGUGCUGAUGUCAACGCCGUGAAUAAGGUGCGUGAAUGCAGUAACUCCACCUACUGA